GCCAGUUGACACAGCUGCCAGUCAUUGUAUAUCUAUCAAGCAUUAUUAUCUGAAACAUAGUCUUGCCUAGUCUUGACCAAAUAAAUUUACAAAAAUUAAAAAGCAGGUAAAAUCCGAAACAUAGAAAACCCCAAAUCACUUGCUAAGUAUGGAGAACGAGCAGGAGAAUGAACUGAACCAGUGGCUGAAGGAGCAGCGCAUUAUCCUGGAUCUGAAAGCUCGUCGUGCAUUCUCCGAUGUCUUGCCGGUGGCCAAGAUUGUCAAGCGCAGUCAUCCUCGUCUGGUGGAUCUGCACAACUAUACGCCCAAGAGCAGCGUGGUGCUGAAACUCCAGAGCUGGCAGACCUUCAAUCAGAAGGUGCUGAAGAAGUUGGGCAUCAAUUUGCAACGUUCGGAGCUGGAGCAGCUGGCGUCCGGGGCACCAGGAGCUAUAGAAUCACUGUUCCACGAACUGAUCGCGGUGACCAAGUGCGGUAGCCCCAGACCAAGACCCCGGCUGAGUGUAUCGCCAACGAGCUCCCAGAAUAGCGGGUUGAUCAAAAAGUUGGCUAACAAGAAAUCUGUGGAACGCACUCUCAACCGAUCCCUCACCCAAGUGAUCGAGCGCCCCCCCUCGGUAGAUACGCCACCCCAGGUGCUGACCAUGGACGUGAAUGUCAUGGUCAAUGGACAGAUGAAAAAGGUAUCUAAGAAACUAGUCGCGUACGAACACUAUGCCAAGACUGUUAGGGAGAGUGCCGAGAAGACGCGUUACAUCAACUCCAUUGUCCAGAAGACCAACCACCUGCAGAAGACAAUUGACGCCAAGAAUGAGCGAAUUGAUGUGCUACUCCAGCAAAUGGCCAAACUGUCCGUGAGCAUUCUUUCCAUGCCACAUACGCCCAACGAGACCGAUGAUGACACAGAGCUCCAAUCCCGUUGUGACAACGCCGCCGAACCCUGCUAUGAAUUUGACAACUAUUAGCCAACGGAUG